UUCAGCCCCAACAUCAUAUACGCUCGAGAUCGAAGCGGAAGAUAUGACGACGUCAAACAGUGAUACGAGGACGUCUACUCUUACAUUAGCAGUGACGUUGACAGACGAUAACGAUCAGACACCGACGUUUACUCAGGACUUGUAUACGACAACGCUAGAUGAGAACGUUCCAACAUCAACACCAGUGCUUACUGUAACGGCAACAGACACUGACGCCGGUGCAAGCGGCACUUUAACAUUCUCUGUUAUAUCGGGAACAGGCUCUUCAUUGUUUACAGUUGCCAGUUCGACAGGAGUUAUAACCACAACUGGAACAAUAGAUUAUGAAACUUUGAGCACCUAUGACUUAGUGGUACAAGCGAUAGAUGGAGGGACAUCUCCGCUUUCGUCAACAUGUUUUGUGCGGAUAUCAAUCAAUGACAUGAACGACAACACCCCAGUUUUCCCCUCGUCAUCGCUGACUGUAUCUAUCACAGAAUCUUCAGCGGUAGGAACGGCGGUCGCCACUGCCGCUGCUACGGACGACGACUCCGUUACCGGAAAUAACAACAUCAUAGUAUACUCGUUUUCAACUGCUUCAGCCAAGUUUUCAAUAGAUUCCUCUACCGGAUCCAUUACAACUAUUGAUACUCUAGACAGGGAAACGGCUGCAAGUUACACCUUGGUAGUGUACGCAACUGAUCAAGGUAGCAACCCUCAGCAAAACACAGGGAGCGUAACCUACACGGUAGUUCUGAAUGAUGAGAAUGACAAUGACCCGGUUGUUCAGAACACACCCUAUGACACCACAAUCACGGAAGAUGCGACGUUAAAUACAGCUGCAUUUACAAUAUCGGUAACCGACGCGGACGAAAAUGAAAACGCAUAUUUGACUUAUUCUUUAACGAGUGGAAAUACAAACUCAGAUUUUAGCAUAGAUUCUGGGUCUGGAUUAUUACAAGUGGUGAAUACAUUGGACAGAGAAACAACUGAUGUCUAUUAUCUUGAAGUGACCAUUGUCGACGCAGGUGCAGUCCCUCGUAGUGCUAUUGUCACCGCAACUGUGACCGUGAGUGAUGUAAAUGACAACUACCCAAUUUUCCAGCCCGUUCCUACCACAACGUAUUCAUUUAGUGUAUCAGAACAAGUUCCGAGCGGUUCUUCUGUCGACAGUGUAUCAGCAACGGAUGCUGAUAUCAAUACAAAUGGCGCUGUCACAUUUUCUGUGGCGUAUUUUCUGGCGGGGGACAGCAAUCACUUUGUUAUAGACUCCUCAAGCGGUGCGAUUGCUACAGCAGCUACGCUGGACAGAGAAACACAAGAUACGUAUGUGCUUGUUGUCAGAGCAAUUGACGGAGGGACGAGUCCUAAAACGGCCACUGCUACUGUCUCUAUAACAAUCUUGGACUAUAACGACAACACCCCAUCGUAUAGUCAAACGCUUUAUACAGGCACAGUGACGGAAAAUGUAGCAGCCGGAACGAGCAUUCUUACAGUUUUAAUCGACGACCUCGAUAUAAAUAUGAACUCUGCAAUUACUCUUUCUAUUGCUGACUCUACUGCUGACAUGUAUAUUGCAGCCGACUCUGCCACGUACAUUUUGUCCGUGAAAACCCCCAUUGACCGAGAAACCGUGAAUUUCUUCGACUUUGCAUUGACUGCAACAGAUGGUGGUACGCCUCCUCUUUCCUUUACAACUCAAGUACAAAUCACCGUGAACGAUGUGAACGACAACUCACCGUUGUUCACGCAGUCGUUUUACAACAGUGAGAUAGCGUACAACGAUGCAUGUCAAGUGACGGCAGCAACGUUAUCGGCAACUGAUGCUGACACUGGUGUAAAUGCAGACUUCACUUUCUCGGUGACUCAAAAUGACCAUCCAGAGGUGUUUUCGCUAGAUUCUCAGACAGGAGAUAUAGUUCUGGCUUCAACUGCAACUGCGGGCACAAGUUACCAAAUAUACGCCACCGCUACAGACGCCGGUACACCACCGAUGACGUCAGCUAACAGUGCAACAGUACGCGUGGACGCGUAUAACCCAAAUACCGUUGUUUUGAACUAUUACAUGGGAAUCAGCAAGGCGACGUUCCUUAGUAUGGAAUCUACGUUUCUAAGCCAGCUAACAACGCUAUAUCAGGCCACAUAUUCGACGUCAGAGGCCAAACGGUGGUGUGUUGAAGAAAACGGUUCCAACGCUUGUAUUGUACGAGUCUACGUUAUCAAGGACGAUACGGCGGACGCAUUUUCGGAACUGGCAAACGACAAAGUAUUUCUUUCGGCCAAUGAAGCGUACGCCAUUACAGCGCUCGAUGACGUAGGAACUCCUUCUAUUGGGAUAACAGGAAACUCGUGGACAGCUUUUUCAAUAUCUAGAGUGGAGAAAUACUACACCGAGGAAGAGAAUACGCCUUGGAUCGAGACGACCGCCGGCAUCAUCACCGUAUCCGUCGUUUGCGUUGUCGCCUUCUUGUUGAUCGUGGCUGGCAUCGCUGUCGCAAUGUACAAGUAUCGGAAGACCGGCAGAGAUGACAUUUUAAAAAGAAGCCGGGCAGAAGAAGAUGAGGAAAGAACGGAUGGUACUAGGAACACCGGCAAACCAAAACCGACGGGGGCAAUGAUUAGACCCUACGACAAGAGCCACCCACCUCCUGCUGUUGUUGCCCUGCCCAUGCCUGUGAAACAGCGUCCUCCACGGCGCGACGAACUGAAAAAACAAGAUGGCAUAACAACUGUUCGUGGUUCACCAGCAAACAGUGUGACCCCGACAAAUAUUGUAUUGAACAGAAAGUUUGAUGGACGAGCGAUAGAUCCUGUAUCUGGGCGAGCUUACGAAUACAACACACAGACAAACGAACGACGGUGGAUACGUACACCUGAUGGACAGCAAGUCACCGCCUAGCCUGACACGAAACUUAACCGGAGUGUGAUCUUCACACUGUUGUACAUUGUACAUGCUGUUGAAUCAUGUCUUUUCUUAAUGUUUACGCUAUCAUUCAAAAUGUAUCAUUAACAUUUGGAGGAAAAAUGUAAUGUGGGAUUCCGUAGUCCAAACUAUAAGAUUUUUUACAUUUGAAUUGAGCAAAGAAAAAAUAACAAAAAUGAUAUAUUUGCAAUAAAAAAAACAUUGAACGAAUACUAGUUAAAUGACCUUAGAUAUCCUAACCUUUCAUGAUAUUCACAUGGAACUCUAUUCAUAUGGGAUAAGUUAAAAAUAGAUAUGUCUUGCAAGGCUAAUUACUUUGGCAUUGAUAAGGUAAAGUUGUGGUAUUCGGACACCGUCACGCAAAAACUUCAACUUGGUUGUAACUUAAUAACCUUUCAAAGUGAUUACAUAAACCUUUGUAUACAUAUCACCAGUGGUAUUUGGACAUAUGUACCAGAGUCAAUAACUCCUGCUCAAGCAAAUUUCGCAAAUGUCCCUUGUUGAUUAAAUGAACAAACAAGCAUUGAAGUUAGCUCCGCGGCGCUCAUGUUGCUUUUCAAAAUUAAGACGGUAUUUACAAUGGGGAAACUCCAUUUCAAAAUUUAUUUUGAAAACUUUUACAAAAGGUUUGCAUUAAAUCCAAAAUUGGUUAAUUUAUUUAUAUUUGAAGCGAGGUCCGGUUCUUCUAUUUGCGUUAUAUUUAAUAAAAUUUAAAAACAAAACAAACAUAGUUCAUUACCCAAAGCCUUGGUUCUUCAGUACAAAUAAAAUUUGUAGAAUCUUUAGGUAAAUCAUUGCGAUGGUUUUGUGUGGUAUACAAGGGGACUUUGUUCAUGAACUUAUGUACACUGAUCAAGUAUUGUCAUUUCUACUCUCAUAUUACAUGUUUAAAUUCAUUCGUCCAUUUCUCUUGUUAGUGUUAAUGUUUGUUUCACGAAAGAUACGCGUCCAUUGUUAUGCUUAAAGCGUUGUCUUUUACAUAAGCGCUCUUAAACUUGUUUAUGACCAUGCUAUAUUUAUUCCACGACCGGGUUUUAUGAUCUGUGAUAUAUGUAUGUGGACUUAUGUCUCUUGUGAAGCAGUGCUCAAAAUGUUGCUAUUAUUAAAUACGCUCAUGUUUCUUAUGCUUAUUUUACAUCUUCCUUUUUUAAU